UUAGACCUAGUUUCAAAUUGAAAAUCUUUAACCAUGUGUUGAGGGGGACAUUUGUUAAGUUUAAAAAAUAAAUAAAUUUAAAAAAGGCAAAGUGCAGUUGGGACAAAAAGUCUAAAAAGUCUUAAUUCCUGCCUUUUUUAUUCCAUUUCCACAUCCCUUUUUUUAAAUUAAAAUGGCACAAAACUUUCAUUUUUGAUUUUCUUUUUCACCUUUUUUCAUCUUUGUCAUCUUCUAAAGCCCAGGCAGCAGUGAAACACUAAAUUAAAUUUAUUUUCUUAUUCUAAUGACAAAGUGCAGCCUCUUGCAUCUGCACAAAUUACAGCUGUUCUCAUCUCCCCUGCAGCAUUUGCUUUAAUCAAGCCAAGAUUUCACAAAAUACUCUUUGUUUAUUCGUCCAGGAAAAAAAAUUAACUCCACUCCAUUCACUAAAUUUAUAACAGAUUUUUUUAUUUACAUAAAUGGACAUUGUAUUUUUUAUUUUUUUAAUCUAAGCAGCUUCUCUGAAGGAUUUAGUGUCCUUUGAACCUCUUCUCUCUAUAUGACCCUGAGGGUCAGAGGUCAAGGGUUGAUAUACUGUGAAGUGAACUGAAGGAAACAGAGGGAAGAGCGACGGGGCAGCAUCAUGGGCUGUAACAUGUGUGUGGUCAAACGUCAGGAGGAGCAGUACAGAGUCAUGUUCCAGCAGAAACAACUCUGGAACAACUCUCUGCGGCCAAUGGACAGAGAGGGCAACAUGAAGGUCAGAGGUCGGAGAACUUCUCAGGCUCCCCUAGACCGACCACAGAACUCCCAAGAGCAUUUGCAGCAGCCAGGCCUGGGCCACAAGAGUAGCAAGAGAAAAGGUCCGUUAGGGUGCGGGGCCAACAGAACAGGAAGUUCCUCGCUGUCCUCUGUUGCCCUAGUGACGAUUCCUGACUGCACGGACAACGCCACGCAAACUGACAUCAGCUUCCAGAACAUCACAGCACCGGCGGGGAGGAGCAGGGGUCACCAACACUCUCACCAUCAGGGGCGAAGAGGCUUCUCCUCUUCUCCACCUCAUCCACCUACGACCCCUCUCCAUCAUCUCGUGGGACCAUACGGGAUGAAUGAGUUCUGCAUGUUUGACUACAACGCCAAUGACUACUUUGACGUCUCCAACCAUGAAGUGGACAGACAAAAUGACCUGGAGUACGAGGAGGUGGAACUGUAUAAGUCCAGUCAGCAGGAGAAGCUGGGGUUGACAGUCUGCUACAGGACGGACGACGAAGAUGACCUGGGCAUUUAUAUCGGAGAGGUAAAUCCAAACAGCAUCGCCGCAAAAAAUGGACGAAUCAGAGAAGGCGACAGAAUAUUACAGAUAAACGGUGUGGACAUUCAGAACAGAGAAGAAGCUGUGGCCAUUUUGAGCAGAGAAGACAGUAUUAACUUCUCUCUGCUGUUGGCUCGACCUGACACUGAGGAUGAGGAAGAGCUGGAGCUGACAGUAGAGGACGCAGUUUUCCAGCCCAACACUCGGGCCUCCACCUGCUCCGUCAGCUCCUCCCACAUCCCUGGCUACUGUAGCUUUCGCCUGGCAGGAGGAGGGAGUGCAGAAGGCCCCGGGUUGGAAGUACAGGAUGAGGAAGAGGAUGAAGAGGAGGCAGAUAGAGGACAGAAGGAGGACCAAGAUCCUCCUGUCCCUCUGCCUCCAUUACUCAGUCUGGCUCCUCUGCUGUCUAAUAGCCAGGAGCUGGACAGCGGGGUGGGUCGCACCGAUGAUAGCACUCGCUGUGAGGAGCUGUCUGAGCAGGACCAGCUGGGAGAGCAGACCAGCGCCUGUAACACCAACACCACCAACACACCAGGGAGCACAAGGAAGUUCAGAGUUGGACACAGUCCCAGACUCAGUCCCAAACCCAGUCCUGGCCUGACACCUAGUCCCAAACCAACACCCAGCCCUGGGUAUGGUCGAGGAGAUGCCACUCCUCCUUUCCUGCACCUGCGAGAUCUCCAGCUCAGCAAUGAAUCUCUCCUGGGGCUUGAAAGGGCAGCUGGUGGCGCAGCGUGCAGCCCCCAUCCUCACUACAAGCACUACCAUCACCAUCCGCCAUCGCCAAUGACCAUGAGAAUAAUGGUGCCUGGUCUGACCGAGGAGGAGUGUCAGAGGUACCAAGAGCUGCUGGAGAUCAAAUGUCAGUACGAGAGACACAACGACAAACAGCAAAGAGUCAAGAAGACAAGAGCGAAGAAAGAUUGUAAGGCCGGAGCACCGGAGCAGCAGGAGGACACGGAGGACGCACAGCAAAAAGAGGAGAAGAAGGAGGCCACAAUUUCUUCCUCAGAUGUAGAUCUGAACUGCAACAAAACCUUCAGCGAGCACGAGAUGGCACUGAUCGAAGAGGAGCUGCGCCACCUGGAGUUUAAGUGCCGCAACAUCCUCCGAGCUCAGAAGAUGCAGCAGCUCAGGGAAAGAUGCUUAAAAGCCUGGAUGAUGGAGGAGUCAACUGCAGCAGUGGGUGGGGCGUCACAUCUAGAAUCAGAAGCGGCCAACUAUGACGAGGAGGACGACCCUCAUCACCAUGAGUUGUCAGCCAUCAAUGAGCUCCCUGAGCGAGAACGGUCUGAUGACAAAGACAGCACCAGCGCCUACAACACUGGAGGAGAGAGCUGCCACAGCACUCCACUGGUCAGCACAGAACAGAUCCCGCCCCUCCACGGGGAGGAAGAGCAGGAAGCGUUACAAGGACGAGGACUCCUGUCUCCACCUCAUCUACUCCCACCUCUGAACUUCCCGCUCCAACCGCAGUGGCACAGGCAGGACAGAGAGAGGCGCCACUCCAACCUCAGCUGUUCCUACUCUCCGAGCACCUGCAGAAAGUAUGAAAUGAAUAACGGCAGUGGAGCAUACCGCUCAAGCUCCACUCCGUCCACGCCGUCAAAGUUCAGAUCUUUGAGCAGAGAGGUGGGGUCGGCGUCCAGAAGGGGAGUGAUGGAUAGAACCCACGGCUGCAGGAUAGACGGACUAACCGGCCGGCCGGCUGGUGGAAGCGCAGAGUCCAGUCCCUAUUUCAGCAGACGACAUCACAACAAACCAUUAGAACGCUACCAGAGCUGCAUGACGCUGCCGUCAGAUGGACUGGUGGACCCUCUGGACCAGGUGAACGACAGAGUGAUGGUGGACGCAGAAAGAGGGUUGAUAAUGGGCAGCAGUGGCCCAGCAAGCCACAGAGGUGUGACCAGCGCCCACGGUGGUUUAGAGGACCAGCAGAGAGGUGCCUCACGAUUAGGAUUGGCUUUACCACUUGGGCUGACACAGUCACCAGCUUCCCCACAGCGCAUGGAGUGGAAGGUAAAGAUCCGCAGUGACGGAACACGUUACGUGGCCAAGCGUCCAGUCAGGGAUCGACUCCUGAAGGCCAGAGCCAUGAAGAUCAAAGAGGAGCGCAGUGGAAUGACGACUGAUGAUGACACUGCCAGUGAGAUGAAACAGGGUCGAUACUGGAGCAAAGAGGAGAGAAAGCAGCAAAUGCUCAGAGCCAGAGAGUACAAACGGAGAAGAGAGUUCAUGAUGCAAAGUCGGCUGGAGAUGUCUAGGGAACUUUCAUCUCUAUCAGGAAGUGCUCAAGACCACAGUUCACCACAUGCUGCUCAGCUCCACACGCAACAAGAUUCACACUGUAACAACAUCCUGUCUCUUAGUCAGAAAAAAAUCAUUAAGAAGAGGAACCGAAGAAUCCUGGACAACUGGAUCACCAUCCAGGAGUUGCUGACUCAUGGCUCCAAGUCACCAGAUGGAACCAGAGUUUACAACCCUCUGUUGUCUGUAACCACAGUGUAAGGACGAAUGUUACCCACGCAGUGUGAAACCUGGGCCUGUUAAGUUGAACACAAUGCCGAUUUACCACAGGAACUGAAGAAAAAGAACACAUGAGGAUCUUCGUCAACAGCUCUUGCUCUUUUUAAGUUUUCAUAGCCGCAUGCUGCCACAGGGUCGGAGAGUAAUUCAUUCUUUUGUCUGUCACAGUUGCUACCACAGUACAUCUGAGGAUCUCUCAUGGCACACUGACGUGCGUUGGUACACUGGUUUGAACACCAUCUAAAAAAGUCAGCAGUAUUUAAAGAAAAAUAAUUAUACAUUUACAAAAUUAUACAAUAUUUAAAGGACACAACUGAUUGUACACCAUGUUUGAUUGAUAGCUGGACAGUCUAACAGAAACCUACUGCCUUCCAGUAUACUGACAUGGUGCUAGCCAAACUGUGAGUCAUGAGGUUUCGUGGAAGUGUUUUUGGGACAAUACUUUGAUUAUUAAAUGGUCAUAAGUGUUUCUUAUACACAACGUAGAUUUUUUUUUUCAUUCCCUAAUUUGAAUAUAUAUGACUUGUUCAAACCCUAUUAAAAUUAAAUGCAUGAAAUCCAUGUUUAUUGAAUGUAAAGUCUCGUAAAAGAAGACAAUUCCAUGUUAACGCCUUUUUUUCCCCAAUUGUGAAAGAUGUAAGUCUUAAAAUAAAUUAAAUAAAUUAGAUACAAUUUGUUGCUGUGUUGCAUCGGAAAACCAUAGGGAUUUAUAGUUUCAAUGUUGUCUUUUGUGUCCCACAGCAUAAGGGAAUUCCAAGGAUUUGAGAGUUUUUAUUUAUUUUGUUCAAUGUAAAUUGCAUUUUUGUAGGAAUUAAAGUGUUUUUAAAAAGCCCAGUUGACAAUAGUCCUAUCUACACGUAAAGAACAUUUUGGGAGCAACUUCCCUACAGUUAUACGCAGUAGGUGAUUUGGGGGCCGGGGGUGAGGAUA